CAAGAGCAGAGCCGUGGACAUGCGGGAAGCGCGUGGGAAACCAAUGUGAUUUGGGCUUGAGGGGCUGGGAAGAGCUUUGUGUUGCAUUUGUUCCUCAUUCCAGGCCUGUGCAAAGCCCUUUCGGAAAAGAAGGCGGGAGCUGGAACAGGGUGAUUGAAUGCACUUUGUGCUCUGUUUUGAGCCAGGAAAUCGAAACUAACAGCAGCAGAAGUGAAACCAAGUCACAUUUCAGAGUUUGCUGCAGGAAGGCAUUGAAGCUAUUUGUCGCCCAACUGCUGUGCAAUGGAUUCUCAGCCCUUGUUAAGUGAUGCCAAAGAGGUAUAUGGAAUUAGUGACCCCCAAAUUUUGCCGUUCCCCUCAAAUGCAGCGACAGCCAGUGGCACGCAGUGUGAGGAUGGUCCAACUGCCCCGCCUGCUGACAUGUUGGAUGAAGUGGCUGGGUAUGAAGGGACCAUCGCAGGUGGUGGUGAAGAAAGAUACUUGCCACCUCCGGUGGUUAUGCCAGAGGAUGCCACGCGGGAUCUGCCUGCCCCACGUCAGGAUUGGAGGAUUCCUUCCAUCAGUGAAGAUACAGCCAGAGAAGCCUUUAUCCAAUUUGCAACCACCAAAUGGUGCUACAGCACUCACCCAGCCAAAGAGAUGGUCUUUGUAGACUUAAAGCCAUUCAACACCUACAGGUAUUCUCUCGAAAGUUUCACUGAAUCCAGAUCAACCGAGUGGACGACCGAACCUUAUCACGGGCAAUUUGUCGAUAGCUAUCUCUGUGGAGUGCCUCCUCCUCCCUGGAAUAUAAUUGUAGAAAGGCCUCCAAUGUUUCAGAAAAACUGUGAGAAAGUGCCAGUGCCUCACACUUCAUCUGUAAAGGGGUGUCACACAUGCUUGACUUUAGGUCGCUGCCCUUGUAGAAAGUGUACUGCAACUGGGAAGGUGAGGUGCUGGAUUUGUAGUGGUCGAGGGUACCGGUUAGAGGAUAGUCAAUGUUCCGGUUGUUUAGGCACUGGCUUUCAGCGUUGCAGAUCUUGCUCUGGCCAAAGAACCCUACCUUGCGGGACGUGUAAGCAAAAAGGACAAUUGCUGGUUUUCAUUCAGCUGACAGUCACGUGGGGAACCCAUGUAUAUCAACAAGUGGCUGACCAGCAGUGCCCUCUCCCUUCAGUUCUCUACGAGAAAGUCACUGGGCAGCUGGUCUUUGAUGAUGAACAGUGGAAGGUCAAGCCUAUACUAGGAUUUCCGGAGCCUCAGAUCAAUCAGGCUUCCCAAACAGCGAUCGAAAACCACCAGAUCCAGAUUGCGGGUAUCUCUCGUAUAAUCCGGCAGCGCCAGAAAAUCGAACACAUUCCUGUCACCCUGGUGGACUACAAGUGGAAAGAAAAAGAUUUCAGUUACUUUGUGUACGGUGUUGAGAACAAAGUAUAUGCUCCCGACUACCCAGCCAAAUGCUGUUUUUGCGCAGAGCUGCUCAACGGACUGAUGUACCCUCAACAGGCAACACCGCCGUGGGCAGGACCUGGUAGUCCGCCGAUGGCUGCUGAAGGGCCAACUGCACCACCUGCUGAAAUGCUGGAUAAAGUGCCUGGGUAUGAAUGGAUGGGUACCGGGGAUGUUGAGCAGAAGUAUAUUCCUCCUCCGCCUUAUCCUGUGUGCAAUCCAGAAACUCCCCAACAUCCCACUAUGCCACAAUGGAGCCUGCCUUCUAUCAGUGAGGACACAGCUCGUCAGGCUCUGCUCAAGUUCUCGGCUGAUCAUGCUACUUACAGCAGUCGACCCGCUCGGGAAAUGAGCAUCCAAAACUUAAAAGCGUUUACCACAUACAGAUACCAACUCGAAAGCUUCACUGAAUCCAGGUCACACGAGUGGAAACACGAACCUUAUAAUGGCCAGGCUGUUGACGCCUUCGGCUUUACACCCCCUCCACUUCCCUGGGACGUGAUGGUGGAUAUCCCGGAAAUGUUUGCCAAAAACAAAAAGAAGCUUCCGGUGGCUCACACUGCGUCUGUGAAGCCCUGCUAUCGGUGUAUGGCCACAGGCAGAUUACCAUGUAUCGGUUGUGUUGGAACUGGCCAGGAGAAUUGCUUUGUCUGUGGUGGACAAGGAAGCCAGUUUGGUGGGGAAAAUAAAUGCAACCGUUGUGCGGGUAGAGGGAAAGUAAGUUGUAACAAGUGCUCGGGAUUCGGUCAGAAGACCUGCGACGUAUGCAAUGGGCAAGCACAGUUACUACACUUCAUCCAGCUGACAAUAAAGUGGAAAAACAAUCUUUUCGAACAAAUCAUUGCCCAGCAAAGUGGAUUUCCCGAAGAUCGCUUCAAAAAAGUCAGUGGCCAGAAGCUUUUCACUGAUCAGCAAUAUCAGGUGUAUCCUUUGAUGGGAUUCCCAGAUCCUCAGAUCACUGAGGUCUCUCAGAAGGCGCUACAAGAACAUCUGACCCAGUUUGGUAGGACAUCACGGAUAAUUCAGCAGCGACACACUGUCGAAUUCAUUCCUCUCACCCAAGUGAACUUUCAGUGGAAGGGCAAGGAGCAAAGCUACUUUGUGUACGGUACCGAACAUAAAGUUUAUGCCCCAGAAUAUCCUGGAAAGAAUUGUUUGAUUAUGUAAACCUAUCAAAAGCAGACAACAACAACACAACAACAACUUGCAUUUACAUAGCGCCCUUCACACAGGACGGAGUCUCGGAGCGCUUAAGCAAAUUGAUGUAACAAGGGUGGGCCUAAACUAGAGCUCCCGUGUAAAGGGCUCUAUGUAAAUGCAAGUUGUUGUUGUUGUUGUCGAUUUUAAAAACAACAACAAUAUGCAUUUACACAAAACCUCACAUAAGUCGUAUCAGUUGGGGCCAUAUAUUUAAGAUGACUUAACGCCAAAUUAUCAGACUUGCAGAGAAUAUAAUCGCUUCAAUGGGAUUUUAGCAGACGUGUGAUUUAGGAGCUUAUACGAUUUAUACAGAUCAGACUUAAUCGCGUUUGUACCGCCUAUAGUGCGCUUAAUAAUUAUAAUAAUCCUUGCAUUUGAUACAGCGCUUCAUCACGUGUUCGAGACGUCUCGCUGUAAAGUGAAUCGACUGCAUAUUUUAUGGGUCAAAGUGGGGGUUAGUGUCUCCGAGGGCAGAAAUUGCUUUUAAAGGUGAUUACCACAAUUUAAAUGAACGGAGUCAUAGACUCGGGUGCAGCAAAUUCCCUCGACGUCUCGUUUGACGAAAGCUGUACUUGUGAUUAUCUUUAGACAGUUCAUAUUAUAGACCCAACAAGGGCACAGCCUUUGCGGAGUUUGUUUUGUAAUAACAUUCAAUAAAGGGAAUAAUUUGCUAACCGGGAAAGUCGUUAACUUGAUGUAGUACUGUACAAACGGACUUGCACCUAAUCCCUAAAUCUUCCGGUCGAUGGCCAACCUUCGAAUUGAACUACAGUGUGAAAACAAGUGAACCCCACAAAGUUCCGCCCAUUUAUGUUUGAUGUUUUCUGUUUCUCUUCUGCAUUGAUUAGUCUAAUUAACCUCUAACCUCCACUAUUGUGUGGCGUGUGCCUUAUGAUGAUUCGUAAUAUGUAAAGAAGCUGACCACGUUUGUUUCACUCUUUCUAUAGAGGGCAUUUAUAUUAUACAUACGUUACUCUGUUUUACACUUUCUGAGCUGACUGUGAGAAGAAAGGAAAGACAUUCCGCGUGUCCAACACCUUCAAUGAUGAUAAUAAUCCUGGCAUUUGAUACAGGGUCUUAUCACGUCUUCGAGACGUCUCAAAGCGCUUCACAGAAUACACUGUAAAGCGAAACUUCGGUUAUAUUUUUUGGCCAAAAAUAUUCGGACACAACUUUCAGAAGUUUCACCCUUCGCCGUCUUUUCCUAAUGUUAUUUUUUCGUUACGCAUUUCAGUCACAGCGCUCGAAAUGACAGUGUUGUGAUUCGUUGAACUCAGCACAAAAUGUUCUGACUUGAUUGAUAAGAGCUCAGUCUCACUGUGGGAAAAAUCUCACACUAAACGUGACGGGCUUAUCGGCAAAUCAUCAUCACGUCAGUGGCCUCGGGGAACUUUCUGCCUUCAGUUUUUAUCUCUUUGGGUUUUUUUUUUGUCUUCUUCCCAGGAAACACAAAGGGACGACAGAUUAAGCAGUUUGAUCGCCAUUUGUCUUUUGGUCAGCAUGAAAAAUGUGUAAAAUAAAAUUCUCUUGCAUUGUAUCUCAAGAAUAAAUGCAAAGCAUUGAACAA